AUGGCCCAGUACCACCCCCAUCCAGACGUACACCACCAACAACCCCUCACCAUCGCCACCAACUUCCAACAACCGCCACCCUUCGCCCAAGGCCCGGCCACCGACACCAACACACCCCGCUCGGCCCUAAUCGCAUCCCCAGCCUCAUUCGCAGGCAGCAUCGACUCAUUCGGGACCUCUGGGUUCCGCAGUGGGUUCUCGACAAAUGCACCCAGCUCGGCUUUUACGAGUGCGAGUGGGAAGGAGGAUGGGGAGGAGAGGAUCCGGGUUGUCGUGAGAGUGCGGCCCCUAACGCAAGCCGAGAAGAUCCUCCCGGACAACGGCGGAGUGGAAUGUUUCGACGAUCACCGCACGCUGGAGGUCUCAGGCCCGUCAACCCCAGCACGCACAAUGACCUUCAACCGCGUCUACUCGCCCACAUCCACCCAAGAAGAGGUGUUUGACGACUGUGGUGCGAAGGAGAUGAUCAUCAAGGCCAUCGAGGGGUAUUAUCAACAUCUUGGGACAGGCAGUGGGAAGAGUUAUACCAUGACCGGCGAAAUCGGCCACGAGCUCAACCCCCCGACCAGCGGCCUCGUGCUCCGCGGCCUCCAGUUCCUCUUCGAGCAGCUCAACGGGCCGUACGCCGAGAAGCUGGGCGGCAAAACGCUGAUUCGCGCGGGGUAUCUUGAGAUUUACAAUGAGCAUGUUCAAGACCUGCUAAGCCUGACGAACACCACGUCUCUACCUGUCCGCUACGACGCCUCGAAAGGAUUCUACGUCGAGAACUCCCUCGUGGUCGACUGCGCCUCUGUCGACGACAGUAUCGCUGUGCUCCAGGAAGGCCUACGCAACCGCACGACCCGCGCCCACCAGCUCAACGAGCACUCCUCGCGCAGCCACAGCAUCAUGACGCUGUAUAUUGAGACGGAGACGGAGAGUGAGGGUGGGGGGGAGGUGGUGAAGAGGCAUGGGAAGAUCAGUUUUGUGGAUUUGGCUGGAAGUGAGAAAGUCCGGGAUUCGAAAGCGACGGGGACGACGUUUACGGAGACGACGAAUAUCAACAAGAGUCUGCUAACGCUAGGCACGGUCAUAUCCCUCCUCUCUCACCCCACCCACGCCGCCAACUCCACCCACAUCCCCUACCGCAACUCCCUCCUGACCCGCCUGCUCGCCUCCUCCCUCUCCGGCACCGGCCUCGCGCUGAUGAUCGCAACCAUCUCGCCGUCCCCGCGGCAAGUGGGCGAGACGAUGAAGACGCUGCGGUAUGCGCAGCGGGCGAAGCGGAUCCGCACGCGGGCGGUGGUGCGGAUGAGCGAGAGGGAUGGCGUGGUGGAGGGGUUGCUGAAAGAGGGGUGGGGCAAUAUCCACCGCAACACCAACAUUCAGGAGCGGCGGGCGAUGCGCAGGUGGGAGGACAUCAUCAUCCCGGCACGGCCCCGCCAGAACCCCUCCAUCUGCCCCCCAUCCCCUCCGGACCGCCCGGUCCCCUCGCACACCUCAAGCGCAUCGUCACGGUAUCCCAACAACCGCAGCCAGAGCCGGGCGAGCACGAUCGGAGGGCGGGGAAGUGACGUCGCCGCCGUGUCGUCGGAGGGCACUGGGGCGGGGUACGCGAAACGGCAUGGAAAGCGGGCCGUUCAGCCUUCGAUAUCGAGGGAUACGUCGUCUGUCGGCGGAGCUGGUUACGCAGAUCAGGCCCUGCAAAACCCGGGGUUCACCACCCAGCAGAUGGAUGCCGGCGGCGGCGGGGCAUACUACCAGAUGCCGCCACCGAUGAUGCUGAUGCAGCCGCAACAACAACAGCAGCAGCCGUAUAUGGGACUCCCGCAAUGGCCGAUGCAAGGGAACGGAUACAUGGAUUCACACAUGAUGGGGAUGUACAAUAACACGCAAGGAUUUUACCCGCAACCAAUCCCGGCACCGCAACAGCAGCAGCAGCAGCAGCAGCAUCACGUAAAAGCUGCUGGUGCACGGGGCCAGAAGGGACACAAGUAG